AUGCCUGACUGGUGUGUGGAUCAGUACAGAUGUGGUACCAAUAUCCCUCUAUGGUUGACUAGUCCUCACCCACAACCAGAGGAUGGAGUGGUCACUCGACAGGUCUGUGGACACUGGAGUAACAACUGUUGCUAUUACCAGUCCAACCCUAUACGAGUGAAGGCCUGUCCUGGAAAUUACUACGUCUAUGAAUUUGUCAACCCAACUGUCUGCAGCUCUGCAUACUGUUCAGCUAUCGCAAACCCCAGUCCUGACCCAUGUCUUAACUAUACCAGUCUGAAUGAUACAUGGAGAGCUACCAACUACUCUGACAGCACAAUUAGGUGUGAUCAGAGCAGAGUUUGGUCAGGCUGGUACAGGCUUUUCUAUCAGGGAGUGAGCGUCCAGAUGCCUGACUGGUGUGUGAAUCAGUACAGAUGUGGUACUCAUAUCCCACUGUGGUUGACUAGUCCUCACCCACAACCACAGGAUGGAGUGGUCACUCGACAGGUCUGUGGACACUGGAGUAACAACUGUUGCUAUUACCAGUACAAUUCUAUCCGAGUGAAGGGCUGUCCUGGAAAUUACUACGUCUAUGAAUUUGUCAGACCAACAAGUUGUAGCUCUGCAUACUGUUCAGGUAAUCUUAUGAACAUUCUUUCUGACCUGUGA